UACGGAGAAGUGCUGUCCAUCUAUGUUGAUACAGAUCUGAAAAAAAAACUGGACUAACGGAGCGUCUGCCUACGUUGCUUUUCGCAUGGACUAAUUUUUUGUUUUAUACAGAGGGCAAAGUUUUUCAACGCGGGGGGAAAUUGUUCACCUUUAGCUCCACUAGUUAGUGACCUGGCUGCAACAUCUGGGCACCUCUCUGCUACUGUACAAAAGUGAAGGUUGAUAUGCAACAUCAGUGAUGGAGCCCAUGACGGUGACGACGUCAGUGGUCGGGCCGGAGGAGUUCGAUCGCAAUGCCCCCAGGAUCUGUGGCGUCUGCGGGGACAAGGCCACCGGCUUCCACUUCAAUGCCAUGACCUGUGAGGGCUGCAAAGGGUUCUUCAGGCGCAGCAUGAAACGUAAAGCUUCCUUCACCUGUCCAUUUAACGGGAGCUGCACCAUCACUAAGGACAACCGGCGUCACUGCCAGGCCUGUCGUCUUAAACGCUGCAUUGACAUCGGCAUGAUGAAAGAGUUCAUACUGACAGAUGAAGAGGUUCAACGGAAAAGGGACAUGAUAAUGAAGAGAAAAGAGGAGGAGGCAGCCCGAGAGGCCAUGAGGCCCCAGCUGAAUGAGGAACAGGCUCGGAUCAUCUCCUGCCUGGUGGAAGCUCACCACAAGACCUACGAUGCCUCCUAUUCUGACUUCACACGCUUUAGGCCCCCGGUACGCGAAGGCCCGGUUACACGCAGUGCCAGCAGAGCUGCCUCUCUUCACUCACUCUCUGAUGCCUCGUCUGACGCAUUCAACCACUCACCUGAGUCAGUGGACACCAAAAUGAACUUCAGCAACCUGUUAAUGAUGUACCAAGAUGGCGCAAGUAGUCCAGACUCCAGUGAAGAGGACACAAAACUUUCCAUGCUGCCCCACCUGGCUGACCUGGUGUCCUACAGCAUUCAGAAGGUUAUAGGCUUUGCCAAGAUGAUCCCAGGCUUCAGAGACCUGACAGCAGAGGACCAGAUCGCUCUUUUAAAGUCAAGUGCCAUUGAGAUCAUCAUGCUGCGUUCAAACCAGUCAUUCAGUCUGGAAGACAUGUCCUGGAGCUGUGGAGGACCUGACUUUAAGUAUUGCAUCACCGAUGUGACAAAGGCGGGUCACACUCUGGAGCUGUUGGAGCCGCUGGUGAAAUUCCAAGUCGGUCUGAAGAAACUCAACCUGCACGAGGAGGAGCACGUGCUACUGAUGGCCAUCUGCCUGCUCUCCCCAGAUCGUCCCGGUGUCCAAGACCAUGCCCGCAUCGAGCAGCUCCAGGACGACCUGUCCGAAGUGCUGCAGGCCUACAUCCGAGUCAACCACCCAGGUGGACGUCUGCUCUACGCCAAGAUGAUCCAGAAGCUGGCUGACCUGCGCAGCCUGAACGAGGAGCACUCCAAGCAGUACCGCUCGCUCUCCUUCCAGCCCGAGCACAGCAUGCAGCUGACCCCGCUGGUGCUGGAAGUGUUUGGCAGCGAGGUGUCAUAGCGGUGGAGGAGGCCUGCGUGUAUGCAUUCACACGCUCGUAACACAGAGGAUGAGUAACGAACCCCUGCUGCCUUUUCCCCAAGAACGCCACUGCCCUCAUAAAAACCUGGGCAUGUGGGAGAAAGAUGGAUAUUCUGACAGGUAGACAGUAAUCUUCACCUCUUCAUCAUCUCUUCAUCCUCCUAACCUCAAGCUACAAGACUCAGACAACUGGACCUCUGGAUUUACAAAAAUGAAACACACUAAACAGGUUCUUGCUUUCUGUUGCACUUGGAUAAUCAGAUUUUAUUUUUGCUUCUGGAAUUGCAAACACUGUACAGAAUCAGAUUUCAUUACAUCACUCAGAUAUCCAGACUCUUUGACAUCCUGGUCCUCUCUCCAUCCCCAAACUCCAAAAAUCACCCCUUUAUCAUGAUGGCCUUUCCUCAAAAACUACUAGAUUCCUGCCACUUUUCCUGCAGUGGGAUGGACACAAAUGUCUCAUCCUCUUUGUAACAUUGCUCCAUGUUCACGCCAUUGCCACAAUACACAGGAGCAAAUGCACAGAUUUACUUUCAUUACCCAUGCUGGGUGAUAAACUCGGUUUAGAUAGCUAUUAACUCUUGUUGGUUUACAGUUUUCAAAAGCAAAGACAUCCAAAUAUAUUAAAUAUCAGAAGCCAUCGGCAAGCUUACAGUAAUCUCAUAGAAAUACAAAGUGAGAGUGGAGCAGGCGUGUUUCCCUGUGAAUCUGUGCAUGUAGUCUCAGAUAGUGUAAUAGACUGAAGAAGGACAUUUAAGUAAGAAAGCGUCAGGAUGGGAAUGGUGGGAAGGAAGGAGGAAACGAGGUUGGAUAAAUGGAGGGAGGUGCUACAGAUGAUGGAAUUCCUUUUUCACAGGACAAAAAGGAAUUUAGUAAAAAAGAAUGUAUGUAUAAAGCUAUAUAAAUAUAAAUGAUACGUAUAAGCUGACAUAUAUGGGAAAACAUGGUUGCUUCCAUGGAAGCAAAUAGUUCUGACUAUUGUACCAUGUAGAGGAUUUGAAGGCCUCUCCUCUGUUGUGUGUGUGUGUGUGUGUGUGUGUGUGUGUGUGU